GACAAUGUCAUGAAACCAAAAUAUGUAUCCUCAGUUAGACCAGAAUACAACAUUUAAAUAGGAAACACAAAAACGUAAUGUGAAAAACUCUUCUGGGGUUACAUUUCAGGCUAAUCAUAUAUGUGUAUUUUUGCAUUUUGUAGGCUUUUAGAUGAUUCCUCAUUAGCUGUAUUUCCACAAUAAUUUGAGUUUUUAAAUUAACUUUGGCAACCAGUAAUAAAGGCUGCAUGAUAAGAGCAAGUAAUGCUAAGGGAUGGUGGCAUUUUGGAAGCUGUAAAUUAAAACAGCUGAGCAUGCAUUCAAGAGAAACUGACAUAAAUUGUCACCAUGGACAGAAAGGGGAAAUUAAACUCGUCACGGAGGAAACUCCCACAGUUCUCGACAGUGUUCAUGAGGAGCUGGUUGACAAGAAGGAAGCAAUGGUGACAGACAGGCACACUGACAAAGGAAAAUGUGUAAAAAUCUUCAUGUACCAUGUAAGACUUCUUGAUGAUGUGGAUACACAGAGUUAAGAGUUUCCUGAGAUCAAUUCAGAAAAAGGGGCUCCAAUUGCCCUAUCUGUCCACAGGAAUGAUGGCUCUCUUCUGGGUCAUGCUUUGGUCAACGCUCCCUCAUCUUGCUCUUCUCUCUGAUCCGGAUCGUUGUACCAUCCCUGAGAUAAACAGCCCACAGACCGUGUCUUCAGUGCUGGAUUCCUUAGAGUGCCAUAACGACUACAUGUCGUACGUCCAGUGCGAGUGGAAGGAAGCACCACACAUAAACACACCACUGCAGCUCUUCUUCAAGACAGCAUCGGAAAGCGUGCCGUGUGAGCCUUACGGUGAUGCAGUCCAGGAUGCAGAUGACCACAGAAUUGUCAAGUGCAGAUUUGAAGAUGAAGUGUUUGUUGUCGCCAGCAAGCACACCGUCUUCUUCAACAAGACGCUGGCCCCCUGCUCGUCUGUCCCACACAAGCUUCUGCAUCUCUCACAGCACUUGAGAGCGCGCCCACCAGUGGAUCUGUCCAUGCACGAUUCAGGUGAUGGAGACUGGCAGCUCAUAUGGUUCAGCCCCUACCCUUCCUCCUCCUCCUUGAGCAAAAACCUCAAAUACCAGCUCAGCUACAGGCCAGACAGACAUGCCUCCUGGACUAUUAAGGAUGUCACAAGUACCAAUAUGACACUGGAGAAGCAAUCAUUGCUUCCAGGUUGCAGGUAUGAAGCCAGGGUGAGGGCCCAGGCCAGCGUGGGUCAGUGGAGUGACUGGAGUUCCGUGGUGACCUGGCAGACUGAAGAAGCUGUAGAUGCUGUUUCCAGUUUGCAUUGUGUGCUGGAUGGAGAGAAGGAGGUGAUGUGUAGCUGGGAGGUGAGCGAAGAGCUGACUCACUUCAUUACCUACCAGCUGGCCUGUCGACACAAUCAUUCUGCACCGUCUAAGGGAUGCUGUGUGAACCAAACAGUAACUCGUGACCUCAGUGGGUCGGUGCUGAGGUACAGCUGCUCACUGAAUGUCACAGACCCUGCACAUCUGCUGCUGGAGCUUAUACCGACACGCAAUGCCAAGACUUUUAAUACCAGGCAACACAUUCGUCCCAACCCACCACAGCAGGUAAAGGUGAAGGAGGAUGACUGGAACUGGAUCGUGGAAUGGACUCUACCGAGAAAAUCUCGUUUUCUCAGUCUGUAUUAUCAGGUGUGCUAUAACAUGACACAGCAUCAGGAUUCUUGCAUCCCGAUGAACAUUACAGAUAGCUCCACAUCCCUGACCAUCCCUAAGGCGUGUCUGGCCUCGUCCCAGCAAUACCAGGUCAAGGUCAGGUCUCUGGUCCGCCCAGGAAGUGGUUCAGAAUACGAGGGAACCCCCUCUACCUGGACCGACCCAGUGGACUGGACCACGCAUGCAGCCAGCCAGUCCGUCACCAACUUAAUCUAUUUCUUCAUCGGUGUGUUUGUGAUCACAGUCUUCUGCACACUCUACUACACCAUUCCAGCUUGUCAAAGGAGAGUAGUUGUGUGGGUGGAGUCAGUUCCUUCUCCAGGCAAAAGCAAAAUCCUUUCUGAGAUCAAGUCUGCCACCAGCCGGAGCCUCAUGCAGAGUGAGAACACUUACAUCUGCAAAGUGCUGAACUUGGACAGCUUAUCUACAUGCUCCUCAGACACUUCGCUGUGGCCAAUCAAGGACACUGACAAAAAGCAUUUGGAGCAGUACAGGGACUGCUGGAACUGUGAUAACCUGCUCUCCCCUGCUGAGAAGGUUAAUGGAUCUGACACAUCUUCCAUGAGCUUCAGCGGGCCAUAUAUCUUCUGUCAGACACCAGAGUCAAAGUGCAACUCAGUGGAGGACAAGUGUGAAGAGAAAUGGGAGAAAAAGGAAGAAAUCUCAUCACAUGACACUGCAUCUGCUUCCCCUGAGAAUUUUACUCUUUAUGGCGAAGGUUAUGUGUGUCUGCCCAACCGCAGCGCCUCCAGGUCCACACAGGAUCUGGUAUCUCACAGCGAUGCCAACACAAGCACACACAGGCAUGACAACGCUGAGCAGGACCAACAGUGUCCAGAUAACACACCAAAGUUGGAUAAGGUGGACAUCCAGCCGGGCCUCAAUGAGCCCACCAGCUGCCACCAGCCUCCAGCCUACACCUCAGGACCUUUCACCCCCUGGCCUCAAGGGGGUACAGUACAGGCCUCAGGGUACUGCCUGCUCCCCACAGACCUCAAGAAAGCAGCACAGUAACAUGCAAUAUGCAAGGGAAGAGCAUAUCAAAGAGGACCCAUGGAGCUUUUUCUUUUUUUCACAACCAUUCUACUUUAUCUCAAACUAUUUAUGCUUUCUUGUUACAUACAUAUAUACAUAUAUUAAUCAAUGGGUUGUUACACGCUAGAGAUGACUUUUUCAGAAUCCCUUUAUCGUGUCUGACCUAACACCAGGUCAUACGUCUGACCAAUGGAGGGCAAUAGUGAGCUGAGCCUGUGAAUACCACUGUCUCUGGUGCCACUGUAGAUGGACUGGUGGAGAUGGAGAUAGAUUUCAGUGCAGCACACAAAACAGUUCUUUCUGUCUGAACUUCCUUAUGCAUACUGGGUCAGGAUGAAAUAACAGGAUCACCUUACAGUCUAAUAUAAUCCAACACAACAGCCCUGCAAAAAAUAUUUUUCAUAAAUGUUUCAUUUUUUUUUGUUGAAAUUGUGUCAGAGACAUUAAUUCAAAACUUUCCAGAAAAUGAGGAUCAUGUACAGAAUUUCUACAUUUCCCUACUAUGUAAGUUGUUUCACAUUUACUGCACCCAACCACACACUCUCAAGAACUGUUUUGAAAUCUUGUAUUUUUUUAUCACUUCCUUAGAAUUUCCCUUCUCUGUCUUGCACAGCCGAGGCAAAAGUUACGUUAACUGCGUUUCAUGGGAAAAGCUUGUAUGUUUGCUGACUGCCAUGUUCACUGCAGUCAUGUAGCUAUGCGUGUUUGCACAACGGUGUGUGAAUUUGGACCUUGUUGCCAAUGUUGUAGCCUAAGUGUUGCUGAAUGUAUAUAUACAGUAUGUUAUCUACUUUGUGAUGUGCUGUUAUUGCUGUGUUCAGUGGCACCAGUAAUGUAACUGCAUACAAGUUCUUAGCCAACAACUGAGGCCUGCAGAGACACUUGAAAUGGAAUAAGAAAGUACUAGAAAUAUGUUAAGGAUAAUUUUAUAUGAAAUAUGCCGCCUUCUUCAGGUGUAUUUUAGGCCUAUUUUUAUGUCAGUAAAAGAUCAUUAAUUAGUAAGCUUGGUUCUCAAUGUUUGCUGCACUUUUGUAU